AUGUCCGAAGCAUACAUCGAAAUCCUCGUCCAUUCGGCGGCACCAACUUCCAAAAGUGAAGAUGACAAAAUCAGAGCACAAGCAUUGUCAAUCCUCGGCUUUAUGCCGGAGAAAAGAACGCAUAUCACUAGUCUUACCUUUCCUAAGAGGGGAGACCUGGUACAAAGAGAGUUGAGGGCGUUAAAGAAACAUGGCGAAGAGCCGUCCUCUUCUGAGAGUGGGGAUUCUUAUGAAAUAUUAUUAAAGCAUAGUGCGGAAUCUAGUGCAGAACAAUAUGUGAUACCUGGCCUAUUAUCACCCCUCAUUGAUUAUGAGGGAGGAAUACCUCCUCUACCAACAACUAGUACUCCGGAGGAUAUAGCUCAAAACCCAAGCUCGGUGGAAUCUCACGGGCUUCUAAGUCUAGAUGAGGAUGGAGUUGAAUCCGACAGUAGCUAUGCCACCUCCCGCUUCGAUUCAUGGGAGUCGCCACCUGCCAGUAUCCCAGACUCACAACCCCCGCUGCCCAGUGAUCCAUUCGCUGUACCUGCAGCUCGUGCUGAAGGGGCAUAUACCGAUGAGACAGAGGUAACGGUUUUCCCGGCACUUCCAGGUGUUUCAUUCUGCUACAACCAACCUCCAACCACAAGCACCCUUACCCCACUGUCCCCACGCCACCAGUCCUCAUUAGGAGUCUCAGACUACUCCUUAAGCUCCUUGCAUUCCAAUUUUGCCUCACCCUCGGUCCAAAACAAUAAUCCGAAAUCACCUCCCCUAAGGACACUUCUCGCCGCUGAUGGGGCCUAUGAAUGUAGGAGACCUUCUAGUUGGGAAAUAUCAGAAGCUCAAGCGGGGCCAAACUAG